UGACCCCGCUCCCAUGCUGCUCUGCGCAUGUGUCCGGCCCGAGCGGCGGCUCCGACUCUCGGCUCCCGGUUCCCGGCCCCGCUGCCCCGCACCAUGAUCAAGCUCUUCUCGCUCAAGCAGCAGAAGAAAGAAGAAGACGCCGCCGGAGCCACCAAGAGCGGCACCAAGAAGGCGUCAGCCGCGCAGCUCCGCAUUCAGAAAGGUAAAGAUAUAAAUGAAUUGAAUUUACCUAAAACCUGUGAGAUAGUUUUCCCAGAUCCUGACGACCUCCUCAACUUCAAACUUAUUAUCUGUCCAGAUGAGGGCUUCUAUAAAGGAGGCAAAUUUGUGUUUAGUUUUAAGGUUGGACAAGGGUAUCCUCAUGAUCCUCCGAAAGUGAAAUGUGAAACCAUGGUGUAUCAUCCAAAUAUCGAUCUAGAAGGCAACGUUUGUCUAAACAUCCUCAGAGAGGACUGGAAACCCGUAUUAACGAUAAACUCUAUAAUUUAUGGGCUGCAGUACCUGUUUUUGGAACCUAACCCGGAGGACCCCCUGAAUAAGGAAGCAGCAGAGGUCCUUCAGAACAACAGACGCCUCUUUGAACAGAAUGUGCAGCGAUCCAUGCGGGGCGGCUACAUUGGUUCCACUUACUUCGAGCGAUGCCUUAAAUAGGGCCCAGAGCGCACAAACUGAAGCCACAGAGAGAGAGAGAGAAUCUGACAUACUUAAACAUAUAAACAAACAUUAAAAUAAACUCGACCGAAACCAGGAGGGCAUAGAGUGGAUGAGGAGGCAUUUCUCAGCACCCCUCAGCAUAAUGUCACAGGAAGAAAUGGAAUUGGAAUUUUUAUUUUAAAAAAAGAGGACUGCUUGAUUGUUGUCAUAGCUCUAGAGCAUGCCAGGAAGUUUGAACUAGAUUUUGGCCCCCGACCACUGCCUCCUCCCCCCCCCCCCCACAAUUAAACUAAUUGUAAAUGUAUUUCAUGAGGAGUGCUGGCGUCUUUGUUAAUAAAGGUUUCUUAAAUGGCUCUAGAAAACUUUUGGCCCAUUGACCCUCUCAGCCACUGCUCCCCACCCAUGCCCCCACUGUUCCGUUGCCUCUGCCGACUUUUGUGUAGGUGAAAGCAUAUGCAGGAUGCCAUUGCCUCGCUCCAGCAGAGGAGGAAGGUGCCAGAUGGAUCCGGAGAGAAAGAGACAUUUACUCUAAUGCUGUGUCCCGCCUGUUUUGAAUGUUUGCCUGUUCAUUAAGUUGUAUAGUUAUUUUUUAAAAUGAAAUGUUCCCUCCCAUUUUUAUUUGUGCAGUAGGUUAUUUCCUUGACCGUGUAGUACAUUGUUGCUAAAGGUAUAGAUUCCUCUCCGUAUAAGUGACCACAGGCUACGGGCUCCCAUUCUUCCCAGCCAACGUGAGAGCCUUGCUUAGCUUGGUCCAGUGUGUUGUCUUGCCAUUACAGCUCAUGCAGUGCUGAAGCCAUUACGUUCUCCUGUAAAUAUAACCAGCGUUGAGCCAACUCUCUCCAUACGGUGCAUGUCUGUGCAGCAUGAUGCAAAACAGGGGCUGCUCAUCAAUAACGAGUGCUGAUGUAGCUGGAUAUUUUAGUCAUGCUGGUCGUGAAUGCACCUGCUUUCAUAUCACCGAGUUAUUCUGAUGUUGGUGUGUGCAUCUGAUCUGUUUUAAACUAGCUCAUGGUUCAGUUUUAAUUUAAAAGAUUCUUACCCAGUCUGUGAUGUUUAAUUUUUACCUACCGCAGUCUUAUCUUGAAAGUAAUAAAAAAAACUCAGUUACAUCGAAAUAUCCCAUUAAAUGUAAUUGCUCCUGCCUAUUAUUCUGCUUAUUAAUUUAACUCCAACAGCCUAAUCAACUAACUUGUGUGCGUUUCUCCCCCUUAACCCCCCCCCCCAUUUACCUCCCACUUCCCUUUUGUCUGGCAUUGUGCCAUAACUGGACCAGGGACAUCCCGUUUAGCUCGGGGGGCUCAUGCCGUGAACGCAGUUGGGAAGAAAGUCAUAGUUGGAUUGAAAGCCCCGGUUUCUGUUUGGAGGAGUUAGGGAUGCAAGUGGAGGAGGAGAGAAAUCAGUCAGGCUUCCCAAAGGACACAGGUGGUGUCACUCGCCCACCAGGUUGAAAGGCGAUGUUCAAUCAGCAAAUUUGGGAACUGUGCUGUAGCAAGAAGAGCAAAAGCCAUUGAGGCAUGGCAGACUGUUGCAACACCAGUUUUACCCUGGAUCUUCUCAACAGCACUUACCAAAUGAACUGUAUGAGUGAUGUGAAGCAGGGAGACAGAUUAAAACAACUUUAUACUUUGCACAAUGUCUUCCUCCGCUUGAAUUGCUCCAUGUCCAUAGUGUGACUUUAACCAGAAAUUUCUGACUCCCAUUACAAUUCUGGGUGCUGCCUGAAUCUGGAACCCAUGUCACAUCAGAAUAGCCUUGAGUUCUUUUUGCCUUUAGCCUGGAGACCUAUUUGCUGCCAAAUCUUCCUCCUUGGCUUUCUGUGCAUUUGGGCCCUGUACUAUUGUUCAGUGUGCUGUUGCAGGAAUUCGCCCAAAUGCCCAGCAGAGCCCCUGCUUGUCCCGUGUUUUGAGCGUUACUGACAAAUCUCAAGGAAGAUGUUGAUGCAUAUUGCUGUGGAUGUGACUGCUCUUGCUAUUCUGUGGUUACAGAUUUAAUUCUGUUGGGCAUUUGAUCUUCAUCACUCAACCUGAACAGCACGGAUCUAGAACAAUGUAAAAUACCCAAUGAUCAGCACCAAAGGAAUCCACCCCAUUGUUUCUCUCCUCCUGAAGGAAUCUUGGUUUUCUUAUGAAGUUCAGGCCUGUGAUCCACUCUAUCAUGUGUAAUGCAUGGGGUUAUAUGUUUAUACUGAGGGGGAGAGAGGAUCUUUUGUUGUAAUGAUGCCACAUAGGGAGUCUGGUUUAUUUUCACGUAAUAUGAGAAAAAUCACAUUCUCCAAAACAAAAAAGUAUAGAUGUAUGAUUCUUUGGUAAGAUUGUACCUCUUUAACUUGUGUUUUUAUUCAUACCACCUGCACAUUGGCACACUAUGUUCAUGCUUGAGGAGAAUGUACUGUAUUUCAAUUAAAAAAAAAUGCAGUUGACUAUU